AUGUCUCUCUCAACACACACCACCAUAAGCGGUUUCUUGCUACCUUCGAUUCACUCUGCUCCACCGUUCUUCACAGAACAACCAAACCCAACGACACAGUCUAUUGCGACGGAGCAAUGGAUCCGUCUCAUACUAUCUUACGCCCGCCAUAGAAAGCUCUUCGUUCUCCGUGUUGAGGACGCCGAAACAACAGACGGCGACUGGGAAGAGAUCCUGCGGAAUGACCGAAUAAACCGCAAGGUUCUACCUGGUCAUCUGUCGAACUUCAUGAAGGUCAUGGUGGAGAGAAACCUGGCCGGAUAUGAACCUCCAAGGCAGAUGCGAUCUGUCCUUGUGUAUUGGAGAUUGCCAGAGGAAUGGGCAGAGGUCCUCUAUGAUUGGGUUGUUUCGAGUGGACAACUAAGCACAAUCUUGACAUUUUACGAUAUCACGGAUCCCCCAAUAGAAUCACCGUUGACGAACAUACCCAUUCCCCUGCUGCGCAAGGCCAUAGCAAUUCUGGGCAAAACAGGCCGCUCUCAGCUGAUCGCCAUCGCUGAUGGAGAAGGAGUGCGGUUUCUGCCUAGGUCGAAAUAA